GUGUCCCAGAGUGUGAGCUGGGUUCAGUCAAUCAGAACAAUGACUUCUGCGCUGGAGCCUGAGGAGUGAAGCUGAGACACACACAACGAGCAGGAGGGGCGGCUCUAGCGCUAGCCGCCGGGCAAGGGGAUUUGCUGGUUGGCAGUCGCCGCUGUUCCUCUGACCCGCGGAGGAGCUGCGGCUGACUCUGCUAUUGUUUGGAAAAAAGGGACCAAGAGUCGUCUCACUCUUUAGUAUGUGGAUUCCUACAGAGCACGAGAAAUACGGAGUGGUAAUUGCAAGUUUUCGAGGAACGGUCCCACAUGGCUUAUCGCUGGAGAUUGGAGACACUGUUCAAAUACUAGAGAAAUGCGAUGGCUGGUACAGAGGAUUUGCCUUAAAAAACCCCAAUCUCAAGGGUAUCUUUCCAUCCAGCUAUGUUCACCUGAAGAAUGCAUGUGUUAAGAACAAAGGGCAGUUUGAAAUGGUUGUUCCAACAGAAGAUACUGUUAUUACAGAGAUGACAUCAACCUUAAGAGACUGGGGAACAAUGUGGAAACAACUUUAUGUGAGAAAUGAAGGGGAUCUCUUUCACCGACUUUGGCAUAUAAUGAAUGAAAUCCUAGACCUGCGACGGCAGGUACUAGUGGGCCAUCUCACCCAUGAUAGGAUGAAGGAUGUCAAACGGCACAUCACUGCUCGCUUGGACUGGGGCAAUGAACAACUGGGACUAGACUUGGUGCCAAGAAAGGAAUAUGCUAUGGUGGAUCCAGAAGAGAUCAGUAUUACUGAACUAUAUAGAUUGAUGGAGCACCGCCAUCGCAAGAAAGACACCCCAGUCCCAGCAAGCAGUCACCAUCUCUUUGUUCAGAUGAAGAGUUUGAUGUGUUCCAAUUUGGGAGAAGAACUGGAAGUCAUCUUCUCACUUUUUGAUAGUAAAGAGAAUCGACCAAUCAGUGAGAGGUUUUUCUUAAAAUUGAAUCGGAAUGGUUUGCCAAAAUGUCCAGAGAAGCCAGAAAGACAUUGUUCUCUUUUUGUGGAUUUGGGAAGCAGUGAGCUCAGGAAGGACAUCUACAUUACUGUGCACAUUAUACGGAUUGGCCGAAUGGGAGCUGGCGAAAAGAAAAAUGCAUGCAAUGUACAAUACCGGCGGCCUUUUGGUUGUGCAGUCCUCAGCAUAGCAGAUCUACUGGCAGGAGACACAAAAGAUGACCUUAUUCUAAAAGUAUACAUGUGUAACACGGAGAGCGACUGGUUUCAGAUCCAUGAAAACAUCAUCAAAAAGCUAAAUGCUCGUUAUAACUUAACAGGAUCUAAUGCUGGUCUAGCUGUCUCUCUUCAGCUGCUACAUAGAGACAUUGAACAGAUCAGGAGGGACUUCACAUCCACGUUUACCCGUGAUGUAUCUAUAACAAGAAAGCUGGGCUUUUCCAAUAUUAUCAUGCCAGGUGAAAUGAGGAAUGAUUUAUAUAUCACAAUAGAAAGAGGAGAGUUUGAGAAAGGAGGAAAAAGUGUGGCUAGGAAUGUAGAAGUGACAAUGUACAUUGUGGAUUGUAGUGGUCAAAUUUUAAAGGAUUUUAUCUCAUUUGGCUCUGGAGAGCCAACGGCCACUGAAUUCCACUCCUUUGUACUAUACCACAACAACAGUCCCAGGUGGGCUGAGCUGCUAAAACUUCCAAUUCCUGUGGAUAAAUUCAGGGGAGCACAUCUUCGCUUUGAAUUCCGACACUGUUCCACAAAAGAAAAGGGGGAGAAGAAGUUGUUUGGUUUUUCUUUCAUCCCUCUGAUGCAGGAAAAUGGAAGGACGCUGCCAGAUGGCACUCAUGAGCUCAUUGUGCACAAGUGUGAAGAAAAUGUAAGUCUUCAGGAUUCUAGUCGCUACCUCAAACUCCCCUUUUCAAAGGGUCAUCUCCUUGCAAAUAACCACCUAGCAGUAAAAACCACUAAGGAAUCGUUCUGGAUUACAUCUUUCCUGUGUUCAACUAAACUUACGCAGAAUGGAGACAUGCUAGACCUUCUUAAAUGGCGAGCCCACCCAGAAAAGAUUACAGGCUGCCUCUCAAAACUGAAAGAAAUUGAUGGGUCAGAAAUAGUAAAGUUUCUCCAAGAUACACUGGAUACUUUAUUUGGAAUUUUAGAUGAAAAUUCUCAAAAGUAUGGCUCCCAAGUAUUUGAUUGUUUGGUUCACAUAAUUAACUUGCUGCAGGACAGCAAGUUUCAUCAUUUUAAGCCAGUUAUGGACACCUAUAUUGAAAGUCACUUUGCAGGAGCACUUGCAUACAGAGACCUCAUAAAAGUGUUGAAAUGGCAUGUUGAUCGAAUAACAGAAGUGGAAAGACAAGCACACAACCAAGAAGUAUUAAAGGCACAAGAAUACAUAUUUAAGUAUAUCAUCCAGUCUCGGAAGCUGUUCUCUCUUGCUACUGGUGGGCAGAACGAGGAGGAAUUCUGCUGUUGUAUUCAAGAGCUUCUGAUGUCGGUGCGAUUCUUCCUUUCCCAAGAAACCAAAGGGGCUAGUGCUUUGUCACAAGCCCAAGCGAUCUUUCUUGCCUCCUUCCCUGCUGUAUACUCAGAGCUGCUGAAGCUCUUUGAUGUGAGAGAGGUGGCAAAUUUGGUUCGUGAUACUCUAGGAAGCUUGCCACUUAUCACAAAUGCAGAUGAAUCCCUUCAAGCUGUGAAGCUCCAGUGCAUUGGAAAAACAGUGGAGAGCCAACUGUACACCAAUCCAGAGUCCCGAUAUAUUCUACUACCAGUAAUUUUGCAUCACCUCUAUGUGCAUCUGCAAGAGCAAAAGGAUCUGAUCACAUGUGCACGCAUCCUAAGCAACAUAUUUUGCCUCAUCAAGAAAAAUAGUUCUGAAAAGUCAGUUUUGGAAGAAAUAGAUGUAAUUGUGAACAGUCUGUUAGAUGUACUGCUCAGAACCAUCUUGGAGAUAACAAGCCGCCCUCAACCAGCAGGGUCUGCGACUAGGCUUCAGUUUCAGGAUGUUACUGGAGAGUUUGUUUCAUGUCUGUUGUCAUUAUUGCGACAAAUGACAGACAGACAUUACCAGCAACUCCUUGAAAGAUUCAAGACAAGGGACGAGCUGAGGGAUUUCUUGUUACAGAUAUUUACUGUCUUUCGAAUAUUAAUACGGCCAGAGAUGUUUCCAAAGGACUGGACAGUGAUGCGUUUAGUUGCUAACAAUGUUAUUAUAACAACAGUAUUAUAUCUUUCGGAUGCCCUUCGUAAAAACUUCUUAAAUGAAAACUUUGAUUACAAGAUCUGGGAUUCCUACUUUUACCUGGCUGUCAUUUUUAUAAACCAGUUAUGUCUACAGUUAGAGAUGUUCACACCAUCUAAGAAGAAAAAGGCAUUAGAAAAAUAUGGUGAUAUGCGGGUGACAAUGGGAUGUGAAAUCUUCAGCAUGUGGCAAAAUUUAGGGGAACACAAAGUCCACUUCAUCCCAUCACUGAUUGGCCCUUUCUUGGAAGUGACACUGAUACCUCAACCUGAUCUACGGAAUGUAAUGAUUCCUAUUUUCCAUGACAUGAUGGACUGGGAGCAAAGGCGCAGCGGCAACUUUAAACAGGUGGAAGCAAAACUGAUUGACAAAUUGGAUAGCUUGAUGUCAGAAGGCAAAGGUGACGAAACAUACCGAGAACUCUUCAAUAGUAUCCUGCUGAAGAAAAUUGAACGUGAAACAUGGAGAGAAAGUGGCGUUUCAUUAAUUGCCACUGUAACCCGUCUUAUGGAGAGAUUGCUGGACUACAGGGACUGCAUGAAAAUGGGAGAAGUGGAUGGCAAAAAGAUUGGGUGCACUGUCAGCUUGUUGAAUUUUUAUAAGACAGAAUUGAAUAAGGAGGAGAUGUAUAUUCGUUAUAUACAUAAACUGUAUGAUCUGCACCUUAAAGCACAAAACUUUACAGAGGCUGCCUAUACAUUAUUGCUAUAUGAUGAACUGUUGGAAUGGUCAGACCGGCCACUGAGAGAAUUUCUGAACUAUCCCAUGCAGACAGAGUGGCAACGCAAAGAAUACCUUCAUCUCACUAUCAUCCAGGACUUUGAUAGGGGAAAAUGCUGGGAGAAUGGCAUUAUCUUAUGCAGGAAGAUAGCUGAGCAGUACGAAAGCUAUUAUGACUACAGGAACCUCAGCAAGAUGCGGGUGAUGGAAGCCUCUUUGUACGAUAAAAUUAUGGAUCAACAGCGUUUGGAGCCAGAGUUUUUCCGAGUAGGAUUUUAUGGGAAAAAAUUUCCUUUUUUUUUAAGAAACAAAGAAUUUGUUUGCCGAGGGCAUGACUAUGAGCGCCUGGAGGCUUUUCAACAGCGGAUGCUAAAUGAGUUCCCACAUGCCAUUGCUAUGCAACAUGCCAAUCAGCCUGAUGAAACAAUAUUUCAAGCAGAAGCACAGUAUCUGCAAAUCUAUGCUGUGACACCAAUUCCAGAAAGCCAGGAGGUCCUGCAGAGAGAAGGCAUUCCAGAUAAUAUAAAAAGUUUUUAUAAAGUAAAUCACAUCUGGCGAUUCCGAUAUGAUAGGCCAUUCCACAAAGGGGCCAAAGACAAAGACAAUGAAUUCAAGAGUUUGUGGGUGGAGAGAACCACACUGAUCUUGGUUCAGAGUUUGCCUGGAAUUUCCCGUUGGUUUGAAGUUGAAAAACGUGAAGUGAUGGAAAUGAGCCCUCUGGAGAAUGCUAUUGAAGUGCUAGAAAAUAAAAACCUACAGCUGAGGACACUGAUCAGUCAAUGUCAGACUCGACAGAUGCAGAAUAUUAACCCCCUCACAAUGUGUUUGAAUGGAGUCAUUGAUGCAGCAGUUAAUGGUGGAGUCGCCAGGUACCAAGAGGCAUUCUUUGUGAAGGAAUAUAUCCUGAACCACCCAGAGGAUGGAGAGAAGAUCACAUGCUUGAGGGAACUUAUGCUUGAGCAGGCCCAGAUUCUGGAAUUUGGCUUAGCUGUGCAUGAGAAGUUUGUCCCUCAAGAUAUGAGACCUUUACAUAAAAAACUAGUGGAUCAGUUCUUUGUGAUGAAAUCAAGUUUGGGAAUACAGGAAUUUGCUGCGUGUAUCCAGGCCAGUCCAGUUCACUUCCCCAAUGGAAGCCCCCGUGUCUCUAGAAAUUCAGUACCUGUUUCUAUGAGUCCAGAUGGUGCCAGAGUAAUCCCCAGACGCAGCCCAUUAAGUUACCCAGCUGUCAACAGAUAUUCUUCCUCAUCAUUGUCUUCUCAAGCUUCUGCAGAGGUCAGCAAUAUAACUGGACAGUCUGAAAGCUCUGAUGAAGUUUUCAAUAUGCAGCCAAGUCCAUCUACCUCAAGCCUGAGUUCUACCCAUUCUGCUUCACCUAAUGUGACCAGCUCUGCACCAUCCAGUGCCAGAGGCUCACCUCUGUUGUCUGACAAGCUUAAACAUUCCAGAGAAAACUCUUGUUUAUCUCCAAGGGAAAGGCCUUGCAGUGCUAUUUACCCUAAUCCUGCUGAGUCUUCACAGCCUGCAAACUCUUGCUUUGCCAAGUGGAAUGAAGCCUCCAUUCCGCGCUGCAUCCGAGAUUCACCAAGGGAGCCUGAGGAGCACGUAGGCCCAGUAUCUGCUCUUCCAGAGGCUUAUCUGACAGGAAAAUCUCCCAACCUGUCAACAUCCUCAGUAGCCCCCGACAGGAGAAUUUUGUUCAAUCACAUUGGAGAUGGUGCUUUGCCUCGAAGUGAUCCUAAUUUGUCUGGUCCUGAGAAAGCUGUAAACAGCACUCCCAGCAGCUGGAGCUUGGACAGUGGGAAAGAAGCCAGAAACAUGUCAGAGAGUGGAAAGCUUAUGUCUCCUCCAGUGCCACCACGCCCCACACAAACUGCAUCACCAGCUCGACACAUAACCCCAGUUUCCCCUUCUCCUGCUGGAAGAUCUCCAAUGAAGGGUUCAGUGCAAUCGUUUACGCCAUCUCCUGUGGACUACCAUUCCUCAGGGCUCAUUUCCAACUCCCCGGUGUUGUCAGGAAGUUACAGCAGUGGCAUCUCCUCGCUCAGUCGAUGUAGCACUUCUGAAAUGUCUGGCUUUGAAACUCAAGUCAAUGAGCAUCCAGUACCUAUUUCUAACUGCAACAUUUCUGAAGAGCCAGUGAGAAAAGAAAGUAAGACUCCACCACCUUACAGUGUUUAUGAACGGACACUGAGGCGUCCUGUCCCACUACCUCAUAGUCUUUCCAUCCCCAUUCCUACAGAUCCACCAGCACUGCCACCCAAACCCCUGUUGGUUCGACCAAACAAUCUGGAAAAUAGUAGCAAAAGAACUGAACAGGCCCCUCGGCCCAGGCCUCUUCCACGAAAAGUGUCUCAGUUGUAACUUUUUACAGAGAGUCAUUUUUUAUAAUGACUUAAUUGGAAAACACAUCUAACAUAGGCACUUUAAUAUUUUUCACAAAUAUUCUUUCCAGUGAUUUUAUUUUUUAAUUACUUAAUAUUAUGUUGCACAUUUUUGGCAGAUGAAAGUACUAACCUAAAAUGCUAGAUAUUACAGGAAACAAGACUGAAAUAAUUUCAUUAAUAUUAGGUACAGUGAAUGGGGAUGCAUACCAAUCUGAAUCUGAAGCUCAAUUUUUCAAACUUUGUUUAAGCAAAACUAUACUUCCCUUGUACAAUCUCCUUUAGUCUGACAUUGUACUACUUAGAGCAUGCAGGAUAAUAUGAUUUAAACUAAAUAUACAAAACCAAGGCAUGUUGCUAUAAUAAGAUUAAUUUUUACAUUUUGUGAACGUUUUGAAGACUGUUCCCUUAUCACUUUUGAGCCUGUUAAUGCAAAUACAUGGAUACAAGUAAUCAUAAUCCAAGUGAUUAUUAUUGCAUUACAAAAUCACAAGGAUAUUGUAGCUGAGUUUGUGAAACCACUCAUUUUGGUUUACCUACUUUCUGUUGGCAUAUUUCCAUAUUUUAUAAAAUGUAUGUAUAUACAUUUUAAUAUUUUAAAAAGAAAAUGGCUUUUAUUAAUUCCUUUGGCAGUGAUUUGUCUGCAUGACUUGCAGCAUUUUCACACAAUUUUUUUUGAGGUGCAAUUUCCUUCCAUAUAGCUGCUGCUGCUGCUGUUAAUAAUAAUGAUAAUUCCCAAGGACAGCAGGUUGUAGAAUUUGCGCUUGAUGAUGAAUAUUGACUUUAAAAAUUACUUGUUUUCGGAAGAGGAAACCAAUCUUUUGAGGUGUUUUAGUAUCUGAAAUGACUGUGUCCUAUUAAUAGUGACCUGAAAUGGCCAUUGUCAGUGGAAAAUUAGUAAAUACAAAGAAUGGGAAUAACUGGGUGCAAAUAAGUGUUCAUGAGAAAUAAUCACAAAGGGCAUCAACUGCAGAGUCUGGGUCAAACAGCAAACGUAUACAUUGGGAUUCAGUCUUUAUUAGUGACUUGUUUUUGUUUCCUAAUCAACCAUCUUGCCCUUUUGGCAGCUUUUUAGGUUUCAGAUUGUGUACUGUACCGCACAACAGAAAGCAUAGGAAGCAUCUGGGAAAAGGCAGGUCCCUUUUCCCACAGAUCUCCCAUGCUCAGUUCCUGACCACCACCUGUUCAGACUUCACAACUCAUGUUGGUUCUAGACAGGGCAGCUUCUCAUGCAACCAUUUGCCUUUGGUAGAAAACAAAAUAUGUGACAUGGUACAUUGGUUGAGUAGGGAUAUAAAAUGCACAAAAGCAGAGCAGAGACUCUUCUGUGCUGCUACUUCAUUUGUAUUUUAUAAAAAGGACGAUGCAGCAAAUAAUUGAAAAUGUGUGCCAUUUAAAAUCAUUACAGUAUCUCUACCCAAGUGCAAAUUGUCAGAUUGCCUUUUGGCAUCUGGUCUGGUAGGCACGGAGUAGUGUAUGAUGGAGACACUGCACAGGUCUGGACCCCAACAAACACAGCACAUUCCAGUCUCCCAAAACAAAAGAGCUGGGCCAUGAGUUCUAUAUGCGUAUUUUGGGCUUUUGAGGCUUCCUUCCAAAAGCAGCAUUCCGCCAUUCUGCUGCUAUGCAUUCCACUCCCGAAAUGUGAGAAAGCCUUAUGAGGAAUUGUGGUCUGAAAAAAGAAAAUGGACCCCUCAAUACACAAAAAAAGAAACACUUCCCUGCAAAUAACAGGCAUUCCUGGUUGCAGCCCAUAUCCCUGCAGAACAGUCUGUGUUGAAGUGCCCUUACUCCUGCUGGAUGAUGUUUUAGGUGGCAUUUCACUACAAAGCUCCUGCAGAUUUGUUUAAAAUCACAUUGGUUCUAGGACCACACAAACUAAAACACCUUGUAUAGACAAUUUUUCUAUCUCUUCUCCCAUUCCAUUUACGUACUGUUUGUAACAUUUGUUUGACAACCUAAGUAUGAUCUGUAUCUUUCAGUCAUACCAUUAAAAGUUAUCUCCCUGUUUUGUUGGGAAGCUUGUGUUGAUUUAACAGUUUGCUUUGUUCAUAGCUUAACUGGAACAUUGUGACAACUUUUUAUAUUCUGUCAAUGAAACCUUCAGCAGGUAUAUGCUGUUAAUGGUAGCUGUAGAGAUUUUCUAUAAUAAAUGUUCAAGUAUUUUUGUACAUAACUGGUUAAUUUUAAUAAGGAACACAACUAUGUGAAAAAACCAGACAGUUGUGUAUGCAGUAAGAUUGUUAUAAUUAUGCCAAAUACUUUAUGUAAGGGUGGGGCACGGGGGGGAAUAUUUGUACAUAGGUGCUUUUAACAAUAUUCUGCCAUAUUGACUCUACAACUUUGAAUGUCAGAAAAAUAUAUUAAUAUAUGUUGAAAUAUCUAUGUUUAGCAAAAGUGUUUAUAACUGGAAAAGGAGCAUAUGAAUUUUAGCUUUGUAUCUUGCUGAUUUUGAAGCCCUGAGAUUUCUUGAACUAGCUCUUGCUUUUCAUCAUAACAUUUUCAUGUCUGCAUAACCAGAAUUUUAAAGCGGUUAGCUACAUAUUUAUGCUGUUUUUUAAAAGGUAUUGUAAUUUAAAUGAAAUGUCACAAACUGAAUAACAGGUCCACUUCAAUCCCUUCCUAUCUUAUACAUAGAGCUGAAUCAGUGUGUUGCGUGGUGUUUCAGCAUAAUCUGAAUCAGUGUUAUUUGCUCCUCAAGUCUGUUUUUAAAAUAUAUUUGGCAGUAAACAAAAUUUUUACUCAUGUGCACGUAUUACUGACGUCUGCUUGGCAGCGAAAACCUUUAAUGUAGUUCCUGUUUACAGAUGGUUAUACUGGUUGCUGAAGAACCUUAAAUACACAAUAAAAUGGAUUGAUCUUUCUUGUACAAUUUGU